AUGGAGAUACCACACAGAAACAUUCUAACAAUUGAGGUCUAUUUACUGGCAGUUCAAUGGUGCUUUAAGAAGUUCAAGAACCUCAACUGGACAUCUGAGAAAUGCUUUCUGAACAAUGAAGAGGCAGUGCAGCUGUUGAACAAGCCUGAUGUCUCUUGCUCUGAUUAUGGGAACUUAGCUGAAGACAUUCUAGAUAUGUUUGAAACUUGUAAAGGUUGGGGUAUCAAUUUAUCCGCAUUGCGGAAGAACCCCAUUUAUGCCUUGAUCGAUGGUGCAUCAGCAAAAGUAGGCUUCAACCUAGAUGAUGAAGAAUCUGCAAGGUAUUGCCUUUCUGGCUCACUGAACAUUUUCAAGGUGAAUGAAAGCAUCAUCUUGUGCAAAAUCAAGCCGAUUGAUGACAAUUUGAUCACUCAAAACUUUAAACAAACCUACUGCGACGAUUUGCCGACUAUUGGUAUGCCGAAUCAUAUUCCAACUCCAAUUUUCGCCCAUCAUACUUCUACUUCUGGUGUAGCCUGUGACGAGGAUGGAGCUGACACCAUCAUUGGCUUCUUGGAUUCAGGGAUUUGGCCCGAGUCUGAGAGCUUCAAUGACAUUGAUAUGGGGCCCAUACCUACACGCUGGAGAGGGAAGUGCAUGGAAGCUCAUGAUUUCACGUCCUCCAGCUGCAACAGAUACUACGCCAACUCCAACAGCCCACGAGACGAGACCGGGCCUGGGACCCACGUGACAUCAACCGCAGUCGGGAGGUUAGUGCCCGAUAGCUCAUACUACGGCCUGAUAAAUGGGACUGCCAGAGACAGCUUCCCGAGAUCGAGGGUUUCUAUGUAUGGCGUCUGCACAGACGACAGGCUGAUACAAUGCUCCUCGUCUUUCAUCCUCAAAUGGUUCGACGAUGCCACUGCCGAUGGGGUCGACGUGUUAUCGUUGUCCCUUACCUCGUCGCCUAGUGGUCAGUCGGACUUCUCCAAAGAUGUCAUCUCCAUCGGAGCUUUCCACGCAACGGAGAGGGGGAUCACCGUUGUGUGCGCGGCUGUGAACAAAGGCUCGAUACCCGACACAGUGGUAAAUGCUACUCUCUGGAUCUUCACGGUUGCCGCCACAACCACGGAUCGGGAGCUCGUCGCUGGCGUGCUUCUAGGAGGGGGUCACAUAAUCAAGGUAAUGACACUUCCUCUUCCAAAUUACAACUUACAAUUCACACCUUCCUAUUAA